AUGAGUGCACUUGAGGAACGUGCAGAGGCUGAUGGGUAUGUUUGCCCAGAAGGCUGGACAGAGUCGGAAGGCAGCUGCUUCCGCUACGUGUCUGACCACGGGACCUUCGCUGAAAGCAACCUUCUUUGCAAGGAGCUGCAUUCUUCAGCCACAUUGGCCACAAUUGGGAGUGUGGGGCAGAAUCUAGCGGCUGCCAAGUUGGUCACGGGAAGUGGUGACGCUUGGAUUGGCAAGAGGCUUUACGGAAAUGAAGAGUAUUGGAUGGACGGAAGCUGUUCGACCUAUUCUCCUGGCUUGGAAGUGCCCCUCACAGCGACAGAUGCUUGCGGCCGUAUCUUCGCCGAGGAGCACCAAGUCUUCCCAAAAUGGGGACGCUGGAAUUGCGACCUCACUCGAGCUGUGAUGUGCGGUUUCUCAGUGUCGUCAAGCCAGAACGAGGAAUUCAUCCGGCCGUCCUCAAAUUGCCCAGAAGGCUGGACAGAGUCGGAAGGCAGCUGCUUCCGGUACGUGUCUGACCCUGUGACCACCGCAGAAGGCGAUCUUCUGUGCAAGGAGCUGCAUUCCUCGGCCACAUUGGCCACAAUUGGGAGUGCUGGGCAGAAUCUAGCUGCUGCCAAGUUGAUCGCAGGAACUGAGAACGCUUUCAUUGGCAGGAGGCUUUACGAAGAUGGGGAAUAUUGGAUGGACGGAAGCUGUUCGACCUAUUCUCCUCGCUAUGAAGCGCCCCUCCAAUUGAAUGAAGCGACUUGUGGCCGUAUCUUCCACGACGAGCACCAAUUCUUCCCACAAUGGGGCCGGUGGCCUUGUGAUGGCACCCGACCCGUGAUGUGCGGUUUCUCGAUGUCGUCAAGCCAGAACGGGGAAUGCAGCCGGCAGGCCCCAACUUCGUCGUCCUCUGAGUCCGUGUCUUGGUUCAGUUUCAUCUGUGUUCUCUCCGUGUGGUGCAACAUGCACCGUUAG